AACGAGAUAACAAUACUCACCGUAGCAACCUGUUUGUUCGAUAAUACGGAAUUUACAUUAGCGCAGAUUGAUCGUAAAGCAACCAAAAUGGUUAUCCUACAUGUAAAAAGAGGCGACGAAAACCAGUUCCUCUAUGAGACGACAGUGAAUAGUUCCGUUGAUGAUGUUGUUAGAGGUGUGACGGCUAUAUUCAAUGGGAGGCUGAAGGUAACGAGGAUUUGCUAUGAAAUGGAAGAAUUGCAGAAACACGGCACCUUCCUACCACCGGAAAUGCAGGGAUUGAAUGAUGAUCAGAUCAAGGAGCUUAAAUUAGAAGAUCCUUGGGCAAAGCGUUGUGCUCCCGUGGGAUAUAUUGAAGCAAAGGACGAAAUGUGUCGUAGGUGUGGUUUGGCUCCUCCGCCCAACCUUCAAGAAGUACUCAAGAAGGCUGCAGAGACAGCUAAAGAGAUCAUUAGCAAGAAACAUGUUGAUCUUCGUAAAUGCCUGACCCAAAAAGACGUUUCUAGAGCACUCGAUGAGCUUCGAGGUGCAACUAAGAUAGUUUUCCCAGCCGGCCUUCCUCCACACGAUCCCGUGCGAAUGGAACUUGAUAAUGUUGAAGAUCUAUCUGGAACCCAAGCCGCUAAUGAGGUGAUCGAUCCAUCCAGGGCAUGUCUUUGGACGUGCGGGAAAAAACUAUUGAGUGGCAAUCUGUUGAGUGAUCAUCUAGGGAAAAAUGAUAAAUCUAAAGUAACAGUCAAGCUAUGCUCCGUAUCCGAAGGAGCGCCAGGUCGUGAACCAGUACUUACAGAAGAAGAGAGAAAGCAGCUGAUGCUUCAAGCAUAUCGGAAGCAAGAAGAAUGGAAGAAAUUGGAACAGGACGAUGAUGAUAAUUACUUGAACUCAAAGUGGGCUGAUGGUCAAAAUUUAAAAAGACAGUUCCAUGGAUUGAAUAACAUUGAUUGGAAACCAAUGAUUAAGAAAUAAGCAGUUGAUUGAAAGUCAUAAUUAAAUAAAUAUCAUAUGUUUUUCAUUGAUUACUUUGACUUUUGACAAGUACAUAAGAAUUAAUUUGCUUAUGCUAUUUGACUUUAUUCUUGCUUAUGCUCUUUGACUUUAUUUUAAUUCAUUACAUUAAAAACGAAUAAA